AUGGGCCCUAUGGACCACAUGCAGGAGCAUUCUGCACACCAGGGCUUGCCCAAUUCCUCCAAUAAGCGCGAAUCCACUGACAACAUCCUCAGUAACGACAACGGCGAUGAUACCCACAUCUGCGCCAAUGAGAAGAAGGCCGACGCCGAACAAUCCUACCUCAAGCCCGACGGCGACAACGACGAGAACUCGCCUAUCCCCGAGGUUGCUGCUAUUGUCUCGAACAAGGAUGAUCCCUCUCUGCCGGUUAUGACCUUUCGAUUCUAUGUCAUGGCGAUUGUCUUUUCGCUUAUCCUGUCCUUCUUUAACCAGUUCUUCUGGUUCCGCUCACAUCCAAUGACAAUCUCGACCCUCGUCAUCCAACUGCUCUCCUACCCGUUCGGCCGCUUUCUCGCCGCAGUCCUCCCCCAUGGCCGUCUUAACCCAGGCCCCUUCUCCAUCAAGGAACACGUCCUCGUCGCACUGACCGCAAACUGUGCCGGUGGUACCGCUUACGCCGUCGACAUCACCGUCAUCCAAAAGGUUUUUUACCAUGAGGAUUUCGGCUUCCUUGCCAAUUUCCUUCUCAUCCUGUGUACACAGAUGUUGGGAUAUGGUAUGGCUGGAGUUUUGAGACGGUACCUUGUCUAUCCAGCCGCCAUGAUCUGGCCUGCCAACUUGGUCCAAGUCGCACUGUUUAAUACCUUGCACAAAGAGGAGGAUCUUCAACCGGGUCAGUGGUCUCGCUUUAAGUUCUUCCUUGUCGCGACUUUUGGAAUGUUUUGCUAUGCUUGGAUCCCUGGUUUCCUGUUUCCGGUCCUCUCAUCCAUUGCUUGGAUCUGCUGGAUCAAACCUUCGAACCUGGUUCUCUCGCAACUCACAGGGGCAGGUGGACUCGGCAUUGGUGCCAUUUCACUGGACUGGAACAACAUUGUCUCCUUCUUGGGUUCUCCCUUGAUCGUCCCUUGGUGGGCGCAAGUCAACAUUGGUAUCGGCUUCUUCCUCAUCGCCUGGGUCCUUGUCCCCAUCGCAUACUACACCAACCUCUGGGACGCCAAGCGGUUCCCGAUCCUCACUCCAGCCCUAUUCAGAGUCGACGGGUCCCCUUACAACACCACCAUGAUCAUGACCGACAAUGUUCUUGACGUAGAGAAAUACGAAGCCUACGGCCCUCUCCGGAUCUCGACCUUCUUUGCCCUCACCUACGGCAUUGGUUUCGCUGGCUUGGCUUCAAUGGUCACCCACACUUGGCUCUACCACCGCAAGAAACUGGUCGCCCAAUGGAAACAAUCCCGCGAACACUCUGAGGACAUCCAUCACAAGCUCAUGCAGGCCUACCCCGAGGUUCCCGACUGGUGGUAUCUGGCUCUCUUUGUCAUCAUGACCAGUAUUGCAGUUGCGACCUGCGAGAUCUGGGACUACAAGUUGCCAUGGUGGGCUGUCCUCCUUGCCGUCGCCAUCUCAGCAUUCUUCUCCCUUCCUGUCGGUCUCAUCCAAGCCAUCACCAACCAACAACUAGGACUCAACAUCAUCACCGAGUAUGUCAUCGGUUACAUCCUCCCUGGUCGUCCCAUUGCCAACGUCACCUUCAAGACCCUUGGCUACAUCUCCAUGGCCCAGGCCAUGACCUUCACUUCCGACCUCAAACUCGGCCACUACAUGAAGAUCCCCCCUCGCGCCAUGUUCUGGGCCCAACUCCUCGGAACCGUCAUCGCCGGCCUCACCAACCUCCUCACCGCCAACUGGCUCCUCCGCUCUCAACCCGGGGUCUGCACAACUGCCUCCAAAGAUUUCUCCUGCCCCUCGGCCCGCACCUUCUUCUCGGCCUCCGUCAUCUGGGGUGUCAUUGCUCCCAACCGAAUGUUUGGUCCCACAUCCAUCUACAACGCCAUCAACUACUUCUUCCUCAUCGGCUUCCUCCUACCUAUUCCUUUCUAUUUCCUCAAGAAACGUUUCCCCAACUGCUCAUGGCUCGAAUUCGUUCACAUCCCCGUCCUCCUCGCCGCUACGGGUAUGAUGCCACCCGCCCAAGCAUACCAUUACACCAACUGGUUGGCCCUCGGGUUCUUGUUCCAGUAUGUCGCGAGACGAUACUACCCAGAUUGGCAUUUAAGGUUUACUUACAUCUUGUCGGCGGCGUUUGAUUCAGGCACGGCAUUUAUGGUUCUGUUGUCCUUCUUUAUUUUCACGUUGCGGGGGAAGGAGAUGACGCCUUGGUGGGGAACGCAGUCGGAUAUGUGUCCGCUUGAAGGUGAACCCUUCUAUCCUGUUGGGUCCCAUACCGACUAA